CUUCUCCCAUCUCUCAUCUCUCUCCUAACGCCCAAAUCCAUCUCACCCCUCAGUCUCAAUCCGUAUAAUUCUGUUCCCUACACGUGACAUGCACGUGAUCCUCUUUCCACUUUAAAAAACAUCCUCCGUUCCUUUUCUUCUUUUUUGUAAGCUAAUGCAGUAAAUAUCUACUCAUAAAACGUGGACCAAAAACAGGAAGUCAAGUACAAAAAAAAAAAGAAGUCGUCGAUGUCGUCAAUUGCUUCGGCGCCACGGUUUUUGUUUGGCGUUAUGGGAGGAACUGUCACAGCCGCCGAAAACAACAGCAGUGAACUCCUCCAUUCUUCUUCUUCUACGGAGAAUAUCAAGCCGAGUAUAAUAAUAAUAAUUUUGAUCCUUUCCAUAACUGUGCUUGUUUCUGUCUCUCUUUGUCUCCUCCUCCGCCAACUCAACCGCCGUUGCUUGCGUCACUUCUCUCGCUCAUCUACCUCCACUAUCGAUGUCGCAGCCAGCCACCGUGUCAGCCCCGAACAAUCACCGACGACUUCGCUGCUUGAUUCUCUUCCGGUCUUUACCUUCUCUUCUAUUACUCGCCGCUCCAACAACGAUUCAACGGUUCCCGGGGAUUGCGCUGUUUGUUUGUCGAAAUUUGAACCGCAGGAUCAACUCAGGCUUCUUCCCCUCUGUUGCCACGCGUUCCACGCUAAUUGCAUUGAUACUUGGCUCACUUCAAACCAAACUUGUCCGCUAUGUCGCUCUCCUCCCUUCGCUUCCGAGUCCGAUCUCAUGAAGGUUUUGCUCAAGUCUUCUAACGCAGCCGGUGCGAUUAGAAGUGGCGGCAGCGACAGUUUCCGGCUCGAGAUUGGCUCUAUCAGUCGUCGUCAACCAGGCUCCGACUCCAGUGAGCAAAGAAGGUCUUAUUCCAUUGGCUCGUUCGACUAUGUUGUCGAGGAAGAAUCAGAGGUGACUAGGAAUCAAACGCACCGGAGAAACGUUUCCGAGAAGGAAGAGGUUGGAGGACCUGAGGCAGCUGCCGAAGUGAGCCUCGCAGCGGAAGUUGCUACUGGAAGGAGUUGGCUUAAGGACUACGUGGAUAGGCUCUCCUUUUCGUUAUCGUCUCGUGCGUUGUCAUUGCGUAGCUCAGGAAGGUUCUUCACCGGGAGCAGUCGCCGAAGCGAUAUCUCCGGCGCCGCUGGAGAUUAUGACGUGGAAGCCAAUCGCAUCGGCGUGGAGAUCAGUGAAAUGUUUCGUUGGUUCUCAGGGGUAUGAGUGGUAAAUACGGGGUUUGACGUAUGGGUAUUUCUGCAUUUUGCGCUUCGAUUAGUUCACUCUAUAUUUUGCCCAUUCCACUCUAUUCCUGAUGGAUCGGAGAAUCGAACGAUGGAAAGCAGAAGUGGAGAAAUGGAGUGGACAUAGCAAAAUUUUGAGUGCAGGUAAAGCUAACUCUUUGUUUACCAUU